CUUCCUCGUUCUUCAUGGCCCAGCCUGUGCCUCCUCUUGCUGAAGCCUUCCCAGAUGACUCCAGUGCGUUCCUACUGCCGAGCAGAUGACACCUGGAGAACUAGCCCUUGCCAGUAGCAACCACACCCCAGUUACCCAGUUCAUCUUGUUGGGAUUCUCCAAUUAUGCAGACCUCCAGGAGCUUCUUUUUGGAGUCUUCCUGCUCAUCUAUACCGUGACAGUGGUGGGCAAUCUGGGAAUGAUGGUACUCAUCUUCACGGACUCCCGUCUCCAUAGCCCCAUGUAUUUCUUCCUCAGUGUCCUCUCUUUUCUUGAUAUCUGUUACUCUUCUGUGGUUACACCCAAGCUGUUAAUCAACUUUCUGGCAUCUGACAAGUCCAUCUCUUUUGAGGGCUGUGUGGUCCAGCUGACUUUCUUUGUGGUUCAUGUGACAGCUGAGAGCUUCCUGCUGGCCUCCAUGGCCUAUGAUCGCUUCAUGGCCAUCUGCCGAACCCUCCAUUACGGUUCUGUCAUGACCAAAGGGAUGUGUCUCCAGCUUGUGGCUGCUUCCUCUGCAUUUGGUGGCAUUAACUCCUCUAUCCAGACUGGGAAUGUCUUCGCCUUGCCUUUCUGUGGGCCCAACCAGGUAACACACUACUUCUGUGACAUCCCACCCCUUCUCCACCUGGUUUGUGGCAGCAAAGCCGCAGCAGGAGUGGUCCUCUAUCUCUUCUCUGCUCUGGUUACCCUUCUGCCUGCUGCAGUCAUCCUCACCUCCUACAGCUUGGUCUUGGUGGCCAUUGGGAGGAUGCGCUCAGCAGCUGGGAGGGAGAAGGCCCUCUCCACAUGUGCCUCCCACUUCCUGGCCAUUACCAUUUUCUAUGGUACCGUGGUUUUCACCUAUGUCCAGCCUCAUGGACCCACUGAUGAUACCAGUGGCCAAGUAGUGUCUGUCUUCUACACCGUCAUAAUUCCCAUGCUCAACCCCUUCAUCUAUAGCCUCCGCAACAAGGAGGUGAAGGGCGCCCUGCAGAGGAAGCUCCAGGUCAACAUCUUUCCCUGCUGAGCCCUGCAAGCUUGUUUGUUGGAAUGAGAAAGGCAUAGCAUCUUCCAAACCACAUUAUGAAUUGACCUGACUAAGAACAGCCCUGGUUUCAGAGGAAGUGGUAGAUAUAGGGAAUAAACAGCAAAUAUCAUCCUUUGUACAGAGCACUGCAGUUUUUAAAGCAUCUUCUUAUCCAUUAUCACAUUGAACUCUUGUCACUAUAUUCUAUCGCAGCCGUUCUUAUGAUGAUCUAAUUUUACAAAUGAAGGGUACCUGACUCAGCAAAAAUUAGUUAAUUAUCUAAAGUCAUACAGUUAGUGAGAGAGUGAGCAUUCAACAUCAGGACUUCCACACCAAACCCAGGGAUCUUUCAAUUACACCACAGCCACAAGUUAUUGGCAGCUCAUCAUAACUUCCAAAAAUAUCAGACCAGGGGCAGUACAAUCAUUCCUGUUUUGCCACUGAUUUAGUGAAGUGGGGGUGGGCUACAAGUGGCUCAGUUCUUUCUUCCCGUUCCAAAAAGAAAGAUGACCAGGUGAAAGUGUCUUUACUUUUUAUUGCUACUGCAUUUUGCUGAGCUGUCCCGUCAAAUAAAACCUCAGAUUCAAGAGAGACUUUUCCUCAUACAUCUGUUUUCUUCUAGCCAGAUGUUUGUACACGUCUCAUAAUUCUCAAGAGGGUGUGUGUGCGUGUGAUUUGGGCAGUUAUAGCACUAUAUAAGAUACUGUGCUUAAUGAGAUUGAUUCAAAAAGAAUUUAUAUUUGGCCUGAGCAUCUUUAAAAAUUCAUGUAAUACAGUGAGUAUAUGUGUUUUAGAGAAUCACACAAAUGAAGAAGCUGAACUUGACCUCAUUCAGGGUUGCACACUGGAGAGGAAGACAUGCUGUUAAACUAAUGCAAAGUCCUAACCUGGACUCAGUCAGUGUCACUCUGAGAUUUUUGAAUCACUAAAAAGGGUUUUUUCAGAUCUAUCUUAAGGAAACAAGUCUAAAUAUAGAAAACCUUACUAUACAAACAGGUUUAUCACAGCAUCAUUUUUGAAAACAAAAAAUUGGAAACAACCUAAAUGUUCAAAGGAGGAAUAGGAUUAAAUGGUUUAUUCCCUAGAAGGGUUAUGAUGUAACCAAUAAAACCUAUAUUUCUGUGAUUGCAACAAUGUAACAAAAAUGAUGGCAAAAAUACUGGGAAGAACAUAAAAAUGUGACCAUCGUAUUAGAGUGAUAGCACAAUGGGAAAAAUGUUUUUCUAUUUUUCUCAAAAGUUUUCCAAAACUUUUUUAAUGAUCAUGUUUAGUUUUGAUACUUUAUUCUAAAAAUCAGUAAUUGAAUGAGGUCCCCCAAGUGGCCAUGGGACUAGGUCUAGCCAAAGGAAGGUGAUCAGAGGAAGAUUUCAUGUCUUUUUUUUUUUUAAAGAUUUUAUUUUUCCUUUUUCUCCCAA